CCGCCCCCCAGCUUCAAGUGUGGAGCUGCUCGCGUCGGUCACUUACUACAAAAUGGCUGCACAGGCUCCGCCACAGCCGCCGCCGCCGACGUCGACGACGCCAAGAGCGAGAAAGGACGACUGAACGCUUCGACGCUGAGAGAAGAAGCAACAAAUAAGAGUUGAGAACUGUUUGAUGGAAGAUAAGAAAAAGAAAAGGCAAGAAGAGAAGAAAAAGAGAGAAGCUGCUCUGAAGAAGGAUACAGAACAGAUAACCAAAGUGCCAGAAUCUGCCAAGCUCGACCCCGUCCCUCCUCUCCUCCCUGCCAACCCCAACAUCAACCCGCCAGUACCCCCAAGCAGUGGCGAUGGCAAGCGCGCCCCCUGGGGAGGCCAGCCUCAAACCACUCCACAGACUCCACUCCAGCACCGCCACCCGGCCAGAGAGGUGCCUCCGCGCUUCCGCCAGCAGGAGCACAAGCAGCUGCUGAAGAGGGGCCAGCCGCUCCCCCCUGGGACCCUGACGCUCAUCGCCACGGGACGUCCCACCACCACUGAGCCUGCAGCAGCAGUGGCCAGCCACCCAGAUUCCUCCACAACGAACCAGUCCGCAGAACUGCCCCCACAGAGCAGCCAGGGAGCCCAGUAUGAUCAUCCCCUCUGGGGACACCUGCCAGUUGACAGGAGUGUCACAAGUGCUGCAACUUCCAACAAUACAAGUUGCAGUGAUCAACUGAUCAUUGACCAGAAGGACACAGAGGCUUGGCCUUCUAUUACUCUUAGCCAGAACAAGGACCUUCAAGGAAGAUGCUCUUUGGAGACUGACCCUGGUCACUUGACCAGCAGCAGUAGCACUUGUAGUAACGGUAGUAGUACCAGUAUUAAUAGUGGGUUGUGUUGUAAUACGAGUAUGGCCACAGGGGCCAAUAGCCAGACAGGCCACUUCCCUGCCAACCACCUAACCAGUAAGGCUAACACUGGACUCAGCCCUGCCAAUCAUACUGGAACCAACAUGCACUCAAGCCAGGUUGCAGCCAAUCGAAGCUGGGGCUCUGGGUCCGGACCGUCUCAGUCCUCAGUGGGCAGUGAAGGGAAAAAUGACAGUCCAGCGGGAGGGGGGAGCAGCAGAGGUUGGGGCUCUUCAUCAUCCUCCAACACCAACUGUAACUUGAACUUGAACCCUAAUGCUAAUCCAUCUGCGUGGCCUGUGUUGGGUCAUGAUGCGGGUGCAGCAGGGGCAGGCAGCUCAGGGGGAGCCAACAUCACAUCACCCCCUCAAUCUACACCUAACUUCUGUAAUCCUACUGGUCCCCCACCAUCCCAGUCCACCACCUAUACUGGAGCCAACACUAACAGUAACUCAUCCGGUAUUGGCAGUGCCUGGGGUAGCAUAAUGACCUCUGAUGCAUCAGAGCCACACCCUUCCCCAUCCACAAAUGUGUCUUUCAGUUCAGAACCUCAGAACCUUAAAACUGAUGGACCAAAUCACAUUAAUAAGCAGGAACAACCUAGUCCCAUCCGCCACCUGCCUAGUUGGGGCAAUGCAUCUGUAGGCUUGGGUGAUAUGGGUCAACAGCCAUCAGGGGCCAAGCAAGUCAAUGGAGAAGAUAAUACUUCUGUAUGGGGUAUCGGUGGAGACUCAAAGGCACCGUCAUCGAAAGAGUUAGCUGGCUGGGACUCUGGCUGGGGCCAGGGUGGAAGUGGGUCAGGAAAUCCUGGAGGCUGGGGUGAACAGUCCAGUGGAGACUGGGGCAAGAAGCAAGCUGAAGAGACGCAGGGAGGCUGGGAUGGCCCGAGCUCUCCUCCCCAGGACACACAGACUAGUUCUUGGAACAGAGUUGUGAGCACAACUGCUGCCAGUGAAGGAAGCAGUGACAGCAUGGAAGGACAUCCCAGGUCUCAACCCCAUUCAUCCAGAGAUACCCCUGCUCCUUUGUUGCCUGCCCAGGACCUCGACCCUAGGGUGUUAUGUAAUACUGGAUGGGGACAAACCCCUGUUCGUCAGCACACAUCUUGGGACAUGGACAAUACUAAAACCAAGAAUGACAUCACCACUGAAUCCUGGGACUCUCAAACUGGUCCAAGUGAUGCCCAGGGGCCUUCCAAUACUAACAUGGGUCCCCUACAAAGGAAUGACACUGGGAGCAAAAAUGAGGUUCCUGCUUCUCAGGGAGCUUCAGGGUGGGGAGGAAACAUAGCUGCUAGCAACCAGACCAGCUCUGGCUGGGGAGAUCAACCCAACAACAUUAAGCACCCAAGUAGUCCAAGUGGUUGGGGAAAUCUACCAAAAGGAGGCCCCACCUCCAGUACCCCCAAGAAUAGCGGUCAGUCUUGGGGAGAAGAGAAGUCAACAGGUUGGGAGGAUUCUCAUAGCAAGCCAACAACCCAGAGCUGGGGAGAGCAACCUAAACCAUCCCACAGCUGGGGUAAUAGUGGAGUGAGCAACUCUGCAAAUGAUUGGGGAGAACCUGACGAGAGAAAAAAGAAUCCACCCAACUCUGCCUGGGAGGGAGAAGCAGGAGGCUGGAAGGAAACUCCUCGAGGCUGGGGAAUGCAAGGGAUGUCUGGUGCUGGAGGCAAAGCGGGCUGGGCAGAGCCUGUUAGUCCGCGUCCCAGUGGCCCUCCCCAGGGUUGGGUAGGCAAAUCUCAGGAUGGACCUAGUGGUAGCAUUGGCGGGGGCAUGGGCUCUUGGAGUGGCUCAGGCCCUGUGAGGCAGGGCUGGACUGGCAGUAAGCAGGAGUCCUCCACUCAGUCUACAGGUUGGGAAGAGCCGUCUCCGCCCUCAAUCCGACGCAAGAUGGAAAUAGACGAUGGGACCUCCGCCUGGGGUGAUCCUGGUACAUAUAACAAAUCUGUCAACCUGUGGGACAGGAACAAUCCAGGAAUCUCCCAAGCUAAAGCUACUACUGGAGGCAAUAACCCCAUAGGGCCCAACAGCACUCAUCCCCACGCUCACAAUCACGCUUAUCAAGGACCACCUGCACCUUUACAGAAUCAUGCCCAAAAUUCCCAAAACCCAGGUCCCAGCAGUGGGCUCAUGGAUCCUGUUGUGCAGCACCAGUCGGGGCCAUCGCACAACAGGGGCCCUCUGAUAGGUCAAGGAGGCUGGGGAGAACUACAGAGCUCCCACACUAAGUCAGAAAGCUCCUGGGGGGAAACUACACCUUCAGCAGUCAAUGUGGAUAACGGUACAUCUGCUUGGGGAAAACCAACUGGGGGCCCCACGGGUUGGGGAGAUGGCAACCCAGAUAACUACAGCAGGGGGAACACAGCUAUGACAUCUUCAUCUUGCAAACUUGCCCCCAAACAUAUGCAAGAUGGAUGGGGAGGCGGAGGUGAGGAGUUGAUCCUCUCAGGAGGUCAGUGGGAUGCAGAGGAGGGAGACCUGUGGAACAGCACUGUCUCCCAGGAGAGCAACUCUUCCACUAACUCUUGGGGAAACGCACCCAAAAAGAUCUCACAAAAAUUAAAGGUACCAGGGAAGCCAGAAGAUAAUUGGAUUAUGAAUCGUCUUAUCAAACAGCUGACAGACAUGGGCUUUCCGCGGGAUCCGGCAGAGGAAGCUUUAAAGAGCAACAACAUGAACCUGGACCAGGCCAUGAGUGCCCUGCUGGAGAAGAAGACCGAACUGGACAAGCGGGGGAUGGGGAUGGCUGGCCACGACUACAACAACGGGCUUAUCAAUAAACCCAUUGGCUGCCCUCGACCUCCACUUCUCUCCAAAGAACCCUCCACAGAUCCCCGCUCACCCUUCCUGGAUAAACAAAUGCAGAGUGGAAUGUUUGGUGGUGGAGCAGCACAAGCCCGGGCCAUGCCUCAGCCGCCUCCUCAGCCGCCAGUGCCGCCUCUCGGCUCCUCUCAGCCUAGUCUACGGGCUCAAGUGCCUCAGUUUCUUUCCCCUCAGGUUCAAGCACAGCUCUUACAGUUUGCAGCAAAAAACAUUGGACUGAAUCCUGCACUUUUAACCUCGCCAAUAAACCCUCAGCAUAUGACCCUUCUGAAUCAACUCUACCAGCUGCAACUGGCUUACCAGCGUUUACAAAUUCAGCAGCAGAUGUUACAGGCGCAGCGCAACGUUUCUGGACCCAUUCGACAACAAGAGCAGCAAGUUGCACGUACAAUCAAUAACAUGCAGCAGCAGAUCCAACAGCAUCAGCGUCAGCUGGCCCAGGCCCUGCUAAUGAAGCAGCAACAGCAGCAGCCUCCCCACUCCCACACGGGCCUACAUCACGGCGGGACCAAAUCAACCCUUGAUUCAUUUCCAGGCCAGCCCCAGGCUCCGGGCCUCCCUGACCUGCAGACCAAAGAGCCGCAGUCUUCUCAAAACACCUACAGCCCCUAUUCUCUCUCUGGCCUAAAUCCAAACAUGAAUGUAAACUGCAUGGAGGUGGGCAUGUCCAUGAAAGAUCCACCCCAGCCCCAGUCGCGCCUGUCACAGUGGACGCACCCCAACCCUAUGGAAAGCCUCUCUGGAAGCUCCUCUUCUUUAGAACCCAACCUGAGCAAACAUGGUACCAACCUGGGGCCCCCUGGCAAGCCUCCACAGCUGGAUGAUUCUUACAGCCCCUAUAACCUGAUGUCCAGUUCUGAGUCUCCUACCAGCCCCCUUGUGCCCCCGGACAGCUGGGGGCAGGGGAAGGGCAGCAGUGACAAGAUGGCCAAUGGGACAAACAUCAACUGGCCACCAGAGUUCUGCCCAGGUGUACCCUGGAAGGGUCUCCAGAAUAUUGACCCAGAGACAGACCCCAACAUGACGCCGGGUAGUGUCCCGAGUGGUCCCACAAUAAACACUAACAUCCAAGAUGUCAAUCGCUACCUGCUGCGAGACAGAAGUGCAGGCUCUUCUCCCACUUCAUCUCAGAACGAGGCUCUGCCUCCCUCCUCUGAUUGGUCAGUCAGUGCCUACACUAGCUCAUUCAGUCUCUCGUCCCCGGAGACAGACGAUACAGGUAAACUGUCAGAGAUGAAAUCCACUUGGUCUCCAGGUCCCAUCUCCCACAGUCAGGCCUCUCUUUCCCAUGACAUGUGGAAGGUUCCACAGGGACCCCGAAGCAGCUCCACAGCCCCCUCCCGCCCUCCGCCUGGCCUCACAAACACCAAACCGUCCUCAACGUGGGGGGGCAACUCUCUGGGUCUGUCCCAAGGCUGGAGCAGUUCUUACACCACGACAGGCACCACAUGGAGUACUGACAGCUCCAGCAGAACCAGUAGCUGGCUGGUUCUGAGAAACCUUACUCCACAGAUUGACGGUUCAACUUUGCGUACACUGUGCAUGCAGCACGGCCCGCUCAUCACAUUCCACCUCAACCUGACACAGGGCAACGCUGUGGUGCGCUACAGCUCCAAGGACGAAGCUGCCAAGGCUCAGAAGUCCCUGCACAUGUGCGUGCUCGGGAACACCACCAUUCUGGCAGAGUUUGCCGGAGAAGAGGAAGUAAAUCGCUUCUUUGCACAAGGCCAGUCGCUCGGCGGGACGACCAGCUGGCAGGCCACUCCAGGCGCCAAUCAGACGAGGAUGGGCGGGUCCGGGUCUGGAGCCUCUCAUCCCAUUGGCCACGUGCCCCACUGGAACAACAACAACAAUGGCAGCGGAGGCUCCGGCGGCACGAAGGCCGGCGGCGAGCUGCUGUGGGGUGGUGUGCAGCAGUAUUCCAGCCUGUGGGGGCCCCCUAGUGGAGAGGAGGGUCGGGUGAUGGGGAGUCCCAGCCCAAUCAAUACGCUGCUGCCUGGUGACCUGCUGAGCGGGGAGUCCAUGUAAGGACAAUGGAGCAAAAUCAAUAUGGAGAUAAUCAGCAUGGGAGUAACCGAUGAAGGUGAAGGAGGAGACGAGAUGAGUCCAUAACCUUGUCGCCUUCCUCUACUCCUUUUUUUGUUUGUUUUGGUUUUUGUUUUGGUUUUUGUUAAGGUGCAGUUCUGCGAAGUGAAAAGUCGCAGUGUUGAGCUUUUACACCUCGAGACACAAGAUGUCUUUCAUCCAUUUAAAGAAAAACACUUUUUACACGAGUGAACUCAAAGAGUGGAACGUGUACAUGUACCGGCACGGUGACCAGCUGCCAUCUUUAACUCUGCUUAAUCCCUCUCUGCCUUUCCGAGGCAAUCAUACUGCACCUCAGAGACCCGCUAGAAGACGUCAUUCCCAAAGUCAAAACCCGUCAAUCAGAGCGCUGGUUGUACUCUUCGGCUGUUGCGGACUCUCAGCACUAAUAUUGGCCUUAACCUCGUUCCCGCCCUGGUUCCCUCACUCACUCUGUAACUCGCUGAAGAAGCAUACGGACCCUUGCACACCCUUAUCUCUGAGCCAGUGAAACUCGAGCGGAGAGUACUUGCUGCUGCGGCCUAACGGAAGCAACCACAGCUCACGUCUACAAACUGUGCGGAGCCCCACACAAACGCUCUCAAAGGGAAUGAUGCAACUCUGUUCGCCUUGUUCAAGCCAUUUAUUUUUGUAGUGCUUUUUGUUUUCUUUCUUCAACAAUUGCAAACAAAUUUAAGAAAUGCUAUUAUUCAGACGUGUUCACCGAGGAGGGCGGGAGGAGUUAGGGGCAUAUGGGGGCAUCGCAUGUACAACUGUAAGAUGUGACGGACUUACAAAAUUAACCACUGCUAUUACCGUGGCGCUGUAAGGAGGACGAAAAACAAAACAAAACACUUCGAUGCACUUCAGCUCGCAGUUUGGUCUGCACCUCAAGACAGAAAGAAGAAGAAAAAAAGGUGUGCACUCGGUGCCCCCCCCCCCCUCCAGCCGCCACCCCCUUGUCACAAAAUAUCCAUUUCAAGUGACGUGCAAUAUAAGCCACAACAGACUGUACCGUCCAUGCUCCCUACUGAUAGAGAAGAGAACCACAAAAAACUCCUACGUGACCUGCACCACCCUCCGACUACAGUAUAACUGCCACUAAAUCCCCUUAAUCCCUCUUGGUGUGAGUGUGAGUGUGUUUGUGUUUGAGCUCAGGAGAGUAGCAAGCUGGUCUGUCUGAUAUUCAAGGACAUUCACUUAUAGCACUUCUCAGCAGGCGACAGGUGUGUGUAAGUGUGUGCAUAUGUGUAUGUGUGUAGAGAGAGAAGGCGUUGAACCAAAAUGAAAGGAGCCAGUCUUUACUUGUUUUUUCCUCUCUUCUCAUUUUGCCCAAAUGAAGGGUGUUGGAACCGAAUGAAGUCCAUGUGAAAGGCCUGGUCUGUCAUAGCACUUAACAGGAGCGCCCCGCACCCACUGUGUUCUGCCGACCUCACCCGUCUGCCCACCUGCACUCUUCAAUGCCAAGAUGGAGAAGCAACACUGGCGUAUAGAAUGACUGACUUGCUCUAAGUGGCUUCCAAUUUAACAUGGAUGUGAAGAUUUGUUUUCUUACUUACGCACCCUGCUUCACUCCGUGGGGGCCCAGAUUGAACAUGGUAGCAAAGUGAAGGGCACUGCAAGGAUCAUGAUGUGGUGGGAGGGAGCGGCAGGGAGUCAAACACACCCCUCAACUUUCUCACCAAUUUUUUUUUUUUUUUUUUUUUUUAUAAAUAUAAAUAAGAGCCUUGUUUCCUGGAGAGGCGUGUUCUACUCGCGUCAUGGGAGGCCAGCCGGCGUCCUGGCGUGGCCGCUGAGUGCCUGCCUGCUUGUGGGGCGCCGCGCUCUGCAAGCAGAACUCAACACCACCACUCCCCCCCCCCCCCCCCCCCCCCCAACCCCGAACCACCACCGACGCACCCAACUUGCUUCCUCUUCCUCCGGGCCGAGAGCAGCCCACCUGUAUUCAGUGUACAACUACUAUUCUACUACUACUACUACUACUACUACUACUAUUACUACUACUACUGCUGCCCUCAGCAACCUCCACUUCUACUCAGAGAAGGUGUUUUUGUUUUUCUUAUUGCAUUAUGUUACUGUUGAUGUUUGCUGUUACUGUUUUUAUCAUUGCUGAUUGAUGAUAUCAUGGCUUUAUGCAGUGUUGGGACCCUCACGCCAUCAAAAUGGACAACUUCUGAACACGUGAGCCCACUUCCUGUGUCCGUCCAGCAAGGCAAGGAUUGGGGAGUGGGGGGGAGUCGGGAGUUGCCUCCCUCAGCAUACAACACACACACACACGCACACUCCAACACACACUGGUGCUUUACGUUUCACCUCUGGGAGCACUCAGUUCCACUUGGAGCCACCUCCACUGAGACGCAGCCUUCCAUUUCUAUGCAAAGAACAAGGAGGUGUGAACUCGCAGCCAUCCCACCCCCACCAUCCCCAACCCCCCUCUCCACCCCUUCUGCCAAACGUCACCACUCCACUCGCCACCUUUACUACCAAGGCAGCUUCCUGUCAAAAAGACCACCUGGAAACACACUUCUUCAGUCUCGUGCCAACUGACAUCCAAAUAUCAUUAUCAUGUGAUGACGCCUACUUGCUGCAUGGUGGGAGGAUUAGGAGGAGGCCAUGCUGCUUUUUCCACCAUUCGGAGGAGGAGGCGGUUUUGUGUCUGUGCACUGUUUAUGGGUCACAUCGGGUACAUCUCUUUUUAAAAACCAAAAAACUGAAUCUUUAUCAUCCUUUUUUUUUUUGUUGUUGUUUGCAAAAACACAAAAGAAAACUAUUUUAAAAAAGAAGAAAAAAAACAUUUAGAGCUGUGCACUCCAAAUCUGUUUUUCUGUGAGCUGUCGCUUUCUCAAAGCCACUCACGUAGGAGCAGGUUGGAACUCCAACCUGAGGGUGGCGCCAGCUUGAAACAGGAACACAAUUCAAGUUCGGUACUAAGUCUUAAUUUUAUUUUUCCUUCCCCCCCCCCUUCUCGUCCAGUCUCUCUCUCUUUUUUUUUUAAUUCAACAAAACAAUCACUAAUGCCUGUGUUGGUCGUUCGUUUAGUCGUUCGUGUGUAUUUACUCCAAACUGGACUUGAAUCAAGGAAGUGGGCUCAGCAGGAGGGUCGGGUGACCGGAACUCGGGGUCGGGUCUCAGAUGUGCCCCGGAAUUCUUGGCACAGCACCAGCACUGAGACCCCCCCCCCCCCCCCCCCCUUAUUAUUUUUUUUUUUUUUUUUUUAAACACUGUCCCCACAGCAAAUUCCCUGCUUGUAUCGGAGGUCAAAUCCGCGCACCGCUCUUUUUAUUUUAUUUUAAAUGAAAAGUUGCACAGACUCAAAGGCGACUGGAACAAGGGGGGGGGGGGACAGGGACACACAAUCAUGGGUUGGUGCCCCAAAAAAGAAGAGUUUAAUAAGCAAAGCUAUAUUUAAAGCAGGGGUGGGCAAACUUUCCAGUUUAUAUAAAAGUGGUUGUAUACGAUUUAAGGGUGGUUGGGGGGGGGGGGUUAACAAAUGUUUAUUAUGUAUUAGGAGCAUUUGUGGGCUUUUUGUAAGAGGUUUUAUUUGUUUUUAGAACUACAAGGCUGAAAAGAAAAAAAAAAAAAAAACAACAACACAGGGUUCCCUACCCCUACUUUAAACAAAUGCCUGGGUUGAAUAUGCACAUGCUAGUUCAUACACAUCACGGGUGUGUGUGUGUGUGUGUGUGUGUGUGGCCCCAUGCACCCUCUUACAUUGAUGAGAUCAUAAACAUAUCAGACAAAUACAAAAAAUAAUGAAAACAAAUACUUGAAUCAAAAGAAGCGCCAAUAAUGUAAUGUGAAAACUUGUCCUUAUUUUUGUUUCCAAUUAAAGAAAUGUUGAAAAAGGAUUGACUUUGAAAAGGCAAAACAAAUGUGUGUGUGUGUGUGUGCGUGAGAGCGCGUUUGCACAGGGCUGCUUGUACCGUACUUGUGUGAAUGGAGCGUGUUGGCCAUUUAGUUGGUUUCUUUUCAAACUCAGUAUUGUUGUGACUAUAGCCUCUAUAGCGUUGCACUGAGUGUCCUCAUCCAGCUAAACCCGACGACAUGACACAAGUACCGAAGGGGGACAGUUCAUGUGUACGUGUUUACUCAAGGACUAAAAGAAUACGUGUGUUGUUUUGUUUUUCAUGUAAUGUUUAUCUACCUUUAGUGUCUUGCAUUGUGGACAAUAAUCCAAGGAAAGUGUGGAUCGUAUUUGAGUAUUGCACCAUUGUUCAGACUAUGAGGUGUGUCAGAAAUGUUCCAGGACUGGUGUAGCAAAGGAGAUGCAAUAGACAUCCGAAUUCACAAAUCUAUUUGGGUUUUUAAAAAAAAAUAAUAAUAAUAAUAAUCCCCAAUGCAAUUAUAUUGGGCAUUAGUCAUCUGCAAUUUUCACUAUUCGCGGCCCACUGUAUUUCAAAGUACGGUUUUUCGCCUCCAAUGUGGGCCAGAUGAUGAACCAGCUAAAGAGAUCCUCCUGUGCCAUUUGCCUUGUUCGGUGUGCGAGAAGAGGCUGGAGCAUCUGAAAGUUCCCGGAAGAGAAGGUGGGAAAGUCUGUUAGACUCCAUGGGGAUUAUUUAGAAUGGGAAAACUUGGGAGUUUGGAUUUGAAAUAUAUCUUUUGUGACACCAGUCCUGGAACAUUUCAGACACACCUCAUAUAAAUCUAAAAGAGAAAAAAAAGACCAAAAAAAAAUAAAAAAUCAAGAUGUAUAAAAAGAAAAAGGACAAAAAAAAGUAUUUGACAGACCUGUGGCCAUAGAUGUUUUGGGGUAGAAUGACUUCUGCUGUCUGGGGUGCCUACCUUUUGUUUUUCUUUUUUGUUCUCUCGCUUUUCUCACUCAUUUCAUUGUACCCACCAGGCCACUGACAGUUUACAAAACACUUGUUUUCCUUCUGGAGUUCCAAAAGAAUUAAACAAUGGGAAUGUCAGCGGGAAUGGGUUAAAAAAAAGGAUAAAAACAACAAAAAAAGAGUACAAAUGCUUCCAUUUUUCAAAGUGCAACACAGAAGAUUUCUCGUGUUACUUUAAGAACUCUGGGAUCUAACAGUUUUGUUUUGUUCUGUUUCUGUUUGACUAUCUGAAAGCCUGUAUGUUUUAUGUUGAUUCAAUAUAUUUUUUACUUUAUAAAAAACAAAAACAAAAAAAAAGACAAUUGCUUACUAUCUUGCACACAUGAAAAAGUGGAUCUCGUCUCAGGAAGGCCAGGGUUCCAGAGUACCAACUCCACAUCAUUUUAAUGUACAUUUUGAUGAUGAAUAUUAUUACGAAUCAUCUAAGCACUGAAAGUUAUGGAUUUGAGAAGGAGGAGCAAAUACCUGUUGUAUCUAAAUCCGUAGCAGUUAGGUAAUAACCAAAUAAUGGACUUUAAAUAAUUAUGGAGUGCUUUAUAUCUAUAUAUAUUAAAAAAAAAUCUAUAUAUUAAAAUUGCUUUACAUUUCAAAACAAAAAAAUGUGGAUUGUUUAAAAAAAAGUGAGAAAGACGGUCAAUAAGAUGCAAAUUGCUGUAUAGUUUUUCUUGAGGUCCCAUCCUGACUGAAUCAGGAGUGUUGUGCAUUAUUCUCUUUUUUUGUUCACUCUCUCUGUGUGUGCGUGUGUGUGUGUGUGGCUCAUGAAGAGAUGACCUUUUGUGGAACAUUUUUUUUUGGAAGGCGAAGAUGUUUGUGACAACGAGGAGCUGGUUGUAAAGGAACACGAAACUAUGCACAAGUGUCGGAGGAGCAGCGGCUGGUGAUUUCAUGGCCUAUACUGACGUGGCUGAUUUAUUGCAGGGGUUUUAAUAGGGGGGGGUUCCAAUAUGUGUAUUGUUCAUUUUGAUGUUUGUCCCCUGAUUCCGAUUGACCUAGCGUUACAUCGCCAUGCUGUGUAUUCCUAAAAAACCAAUGAGCGUCUCACUCUUUAGCACUGUGGGAUUCCAGCCUGUCACCCUCGAGGUUUUUAUGUUGUUGUUUUUUUUUUCUCUCUCUCUCUCUCUCAGCGGGGUGGGAUAUCAGUGGGUGUUUGGAAUUAGGGCUGCUUUUUUUGGGGGCGGGGGUAAAAAAAAAAAAAAUGUCUGUACUGAGAUUUAAUGAUUUUCAAAGUCGGUGGCUUGUAAUGUUUUUUUUCCCCUCUCUCUCUGUAUAUCUUUCUCCUCAUAGAAUGUGAUUGUUCAAAUGACAUGCACCGAAAAACAAAUGUUUUCAUGAACUAUGGAGCUUCUUUCAGAUAUUAAUAAAAUAGCAAUUUUUUUUCUCAGCUG